GGCAUGGUGUUCAAGUACCUCAAUGACCCAACGGUGUGGAAGAAAUUAUGCGAUACCUACGAGGCGCUCUAUACGUAUUUUGCUGACUUUGAUACCUUUAAUGCGAGUCGAGGUUCUGGCGUCACGAUUCCCCCGCUCCAGGACGAGUGUAAGGAGUUUCUCGAGGUAGCCUUGACCUCGGUGUUACACCGGCCUAAG